AAAGCGGUCGCCGCUCUUAAAGCUUCCUUGGAAGCGCCUUUGCCCCCUGGAACCAUCCCACGGGAACAACCAUGGACAAAAGUGAGCUGGUACAGAAAGCCAAGCCGGCUGAACAGGCUGAGCGCUAUGAUGACACGGCCGCAGCUGUGAAAGCAGUCACGGAGCGGGGGCAUGAACUCUCCAAUGAAGAGAGAAAUCUGCUCUCUGUUGCCUACAAGAAUGUGGUAGGCGCCCGCCGCUCUUCCUGGCGUGUCAUCUCCAGCAUUGAGCAGAAAACCGAGAGGAAUGAGAAGAAGCAGCAGAUGGGCAAAGAGUACCGUGAGAAGAUCGAGGCGGAGCUGCAGGACAUCUGCAAUGAGGUUCUGGAGCUGUUGGACAAAUAUCUUAUUCCUAAUGCUACACAACCAGAAAGUAAGGUGUUCUACUUGAAAAUGAAAGGAGAUUAUUUUAGGUACCUUUCUGAGGUGGCAUCUGGAGCUAAUAAACAAACUACUGUGUCGAAUUCCCAGCAGGCGUAUCAGGAAGCAUUUGAAAUUAGUAAGGAAGAAAUGCAGCCUACACAUCCAAUUCGACUUGGCCUGGCACUGAACUUCUCCGUCUUUUACUAUGAGAUCCUAAACUCUCCUGAAAAGGCAUGCAGCCUAGCAAAAACGGCAUUUGAUGAAGCGAUUGCUGAACUGGAUACACUGAAUGAAGAAUCUUACAAAGACAGCACCCUGAUCAUGCAGCUACUUAGGGACAAUCUCACUCUGUGGACAUCGGAGAACCAGGGAGAUGAAGGAGAUGCUGGGGAGGGAGAGAACUAAUGUCUGUUGUGCUGUGAGCUGUUCAGUGUCACUCUGUACCUUUCACAUAGAUCCCUUUGUGCGAUAAAAAAAAAAAAUUGUACGUCGACUUUCGAUUUUUCACAGCCUCUGCCUAGCAAAAAUGGUCCAUGGGAUAAACAGCUGAUAUUUGUAUCUAAAACACAAAUUGGUCACAUAAAUGCCACGGCAUUCUGAAGUUUUGAUUUCAAUUAACUUUGACAGGAUUACUGUAUGUUUAUUUUUUUAAAACUGAACACUGUGAUUAUGGGGUUUUGUAACUUAACAGAACUCUCACUGGUAGAAAAAAAAAUAGACCUGAAUUAUGUGUAACUUUUCCGAAAGUUUAAUCUGAUAUCAAAAUAGUCACUGAAAUACAAUUCUGUUGUAAAGUUGUACAGAAAGUUAUAAAGAUUAUAUUGCAAUGCUGGGACUAGGAGUGAGACACCAUUUGGCAUCUGAGUUUAAUGGUAAUUCACAGUGAUUCUGCCUGUGGGGACAUAUAGAUCCUUGACCAUUUGGGCCACUGCCACUCAAAAGUUCAUGAUCACAAAUGUUUGUAGAGUAUUCCUCUGAGGACCUCAAAGCCUGCAAUUGGAAUUGUUUGUGGCAGAAAACUUGGUUGUGACAGCACCAAUAGGUCCCGUACUCCUAUAUGAUGUGACUAAGCUCCCUUUCCUACAGCAAUAUGAUACUGAUUUGCAACUUGUGAAAUCAGAGGGAUCUCUUUUCCUUAUUACACUUAGAUGAAAGAAGAAAAAUAAAAAGCCGUGUGUCUUAUGGAUGGAUGGUCUUCUCUGUUUCCUGGAUGCCACCUUUAAGAGUAACAUUCUGUAGAGGUAGCUUCUCACUUGAAGAGUCCUCAUUCUUUGAGUUCUUCCUAGCUUCAGGCAUUUAAAAUUCUGAAAUUUAACAUUCUUUCCCUUUUUGACUAUUGAUUUUGGUUUUCUCUUUCCUCUUUAAAUUUUUGUCCUUUCACUUCUUUUAUGGUUUUCCUUUGGAAGCCUAUCUUUAUCUGUCUUGUUUGCUUUUUAUACUGUAUGGGCAGGAGGUGAGAGAUAGGGCGAGCACAUUGGUGAGUAGUGGAGAAGAGCUUCUCACCUCAUCACCCUGUCUUCCUCGAGUUCUCGGCACAGUUACUGCUGUUCAGUCAUACCACAAUCAGAACCAGCAAAGCAUUCUUAAGAAUCCAUGGUUUCUCCCUGUAAUGCAAGCAGCCCUGAUACUGCUUGUUAACUAUUAUCACCAACCUAAGUGUGCUCAUCCGGCUCAGUUCUCAGACAAUGUCUAAACAAGACCCUAGAACACAGGGAAGUUGUGUGUUCACCACAACAGAGAGGAGCCAGGUUUGUCGGUCUCACAGUGUCUCUCCUCUACCUUUGACACUCCACCUAGCUGUAGAGUACCAUCUGUUUGUCCAUAUUCUGAACUGAGAAA